UGGGAGGGGAUGGGACAGGGAUCAGGAUGGGUCCAAGUGUGAACAGGAACCAAGACAGAGAUGGGAUGGCAGGGAUGAGGAUGGGCAUGGGGCUAGGACAGGGACUGGGGCAGGAAUGAGGAGGGAGCAGGUUUGAAAUGAGGUGGAAGUGAAGAUGGAGAUGGGGACAGGGCAGAGAUGAGGAUGGACGUGGAAUUGGGGCUGGGGCAGGGAUGAGAGAGGGAUGGGACCAAGGCUGGAGCUCAGCUCUGCCCUGCCUCACCAGCUCACACGGCACCCAACCAAGGCCUGGGGCUCAUCUCAGCACCUGGACAUGGAUUUAGGUCUGAUCUUAACCUUUAGCCCAUCCAGGCCGUUCCUAAAUCCAGCUGGAUCCCGCUGCUCCCAAAUCCGAGCUUUACCCCGUCCCUCUCUGUGAUGGGCAAACCAGGGGCUGCAGCUCCAUCCUCCUCCUCCUCCCUGCCAGCAGUUCCUGCCUCUCCCAUCCCAGACAGCCCUCCAGGAGUCUGCUGGUGCUGCUGGGCCCUCUGGGCUGGAUAAUCUCCGUCAGAAUGAAUAAACGACUCGGCCUUAACCCUGCUUUCCCCUGCAGCUCCUCUCCAGCAGCAGUGACGGGGGCUCUGCGUGCCCACUGUCACGUAGGGAUGGACCCACGGAGCCAGCGCUGGAGGAGGAGCCAGGCAGCUCUUUCCCCUCUUUCCCCCUCUUUCCCCCUCUUUCCCCCUCUGUUUUCCCCCAUCCGGGUUUUUGGGAUUCUCGAGACUCUCAAUCUCCCCCUGAGCGCCGGAGCCGCCGUGGCAGAUGCUGCGGAUCCCAAUUAAGCCCUUUGCCGGCUCAGAGCCUCGGGGGAGGCCACGUGUGCCCGUCCCACGUGUGCCCUCACACGCAGCACACAUUUGCACACGCAUGAGGAGGCUGCAGCGCGGCUCGGCCGCGGCCUCGUUCCGCCCCGGGGCUCCCGGCCCCUCCACGUCCAUCCCACCCCUGUUCGUGGGGGCUCCUGCAUUUAUUGCCGCUCUCUGCGAGGGAGCAGAGAGGGUUCCUCAGUCAGAGAGGGUUCCUCAUUUGAGAUAGGGCUCCCCAGUCCAGCUCUGCGCUGGAAUUGGGGCUGGGGGCAGCCGAGGUCACGCUGCAGGGCAGAGCGAUGCCCAGCCCAUGAUCUGGCUGCUGCUCCUGGCCGUGCCCAGGGGUGCCAAGCAGAGGGCUCUGGAGCACAGGGGUGCCAAGCAGAGGGGUGCCAAGCUGAGGGGAGCCCCGUGGGGCUGCCAGGGUGGGGCGGCAGCAGCCCAGCCCCUGUGCAGAGCAUCCCAGCGCCGCCAGUGCCAUCCCAGGGCUGCGGGAUUACAGCGCUGCUGCUCAAAUCCCGUCUCCAUCCGCGCCGUGCCCAGCCAAUGACCUCGGCGCUGGCACGCAGGGCCUUCCUCCCUCCGCGGGGAUCGGAGGUGAUAAAGCCCUCGCAGACCCCGCUCGGCGCGGCUCUGCCUCAGCCAAGCACCGGGAUGGCGCUCCCCGAGAGCGGCGCGGACCAGGAGGGCUUCGCCCAGGUGGACAAGUACCUGUACCACAUGCGGCUCUCGGACGAGACCCUGCUGGAGGUGUCCCAGCGCUUUGAGAAGGAGAUGGAGAAGGGGCUGGGGGCAGACACCAACCCCACGGCCUCCGUGAAGAUGCUGCCCACCUUCGUGAGGUCCACCCCGGACGGGACAGAGGACGGCGAUUUCCUGGCCCUGGACCUGGGCGGCACCAAUUUCCGCGUGCUGCGCGUGAAGGUGUCGGACAACGGGCUGCGCAAGGUGGAGAUGGAGAACCAGAUCUACGCCAUCCCCGAGGAGCUGAUGAGGGGCAGCGGGGUCCAGCUUUUUGACCACAUCGCUGAGUGUUUGGCCAACUUCCUGGACAAGCUGCAGAUCAAGGACAAGAAGCUGCCCCUGGGCUUCACCUUCUCCUUCCCGUGUCACCAGACCAAGCUGGACGAGAGCAUCCUCGUGACGUGGACCAAGGGGUUCAAGUGCAGCAGCGUGGAGGGCAGGGACGUGGUGUCCCUGCUGCGCAAGUCCAUCAAGAAAAGAGGGGACUUUGACAUCGACAUCGUGGCCGUGGUGAACGACACCGUGGGCACCAUGAUGACCUGUGGCUACGAUGACCAGAACUGUGAAGUUGGCCUCAUUGUUGGAACUGGAACCAACGCCUGCUACAUGGAGGAGAUGAGGCACAUCGACCUGGUGGAGGGGGACGAGGGCAGGAUGUGCAUCAACAUGGAGUGGGGAGCCUUCGGUGACGACGGGGUGCUCAACGACAUCCGCACCGAGUUCGACCGCGAGAUCGACAUGGGCUCGCUCAACCCUGGCAAACAAUUGUUUGAGAAGAUGAUCAGCGGGAUGUACAUGGGCGAGCUGGUCAGGCUCAUCCUGGUGAAGAUGGCCAAGGACGGGCUGCUCUUCGGGGGAAGGCUCACGCCAGACCUGCUCACCACGGGCCACUUUGAGACCAGAUUCGUGUCUGCCAUUGAGAAGGAGAAGGAGGGGCUGCAGAAAGCCCACGAGAUCCUGAGCAAGCUGGGGCUGGAGCCGUCGCACGAGGACUGCGUGGCCACGCUGCGCAUCUGCCAGAUCGUGUCCACGCGCUCGGCCGCGCUCUGCGGGGCCACGCUGGCCGCCGUGCUGCGCCGCAUCCGCGACAACAAGGGCGGCGACCGGCUGCGCUCCACCGUGGGCGUGGACGGCUCCGUGUACAAGAAACACCCUCACUUUGCCCGCCGCCUGCACAAGACCGUGCGGAAGCUGCUGCCCGACUGCGAGAUCCGCUUCAUCCGCUCCGAGGACGGCAGCGGCAAAGGCGCGGCCAUGGUGACGGCCGUGGCCUACAGGCUGGCUGCUCAGCACCAGGCCCGCCAGAAGAUCCUGGAGCCCCUCAAGCUGAGCCACGAGCAGCUGCUGGAGGUGAAGGAGAGGAUGAGGAUAGAGAUGGAGAAAGGGCUGGGCAAGGAGACGCACGAGGAGGCGACGGUGAAGAUGCUGCCCACCUACGUGUGCUCCACUCCUGAUGGAACAGAAAAGGGAGAUUUCCUGGCCCUGGACCUGGGAGGAACCAACUUCCGCGUGCUGCUGGUGCGCGUCAGGAACGGGAUGCGGCGCGGGGUGGAGAUGCACAACAAGAUCUACUCCAUCCCCGUGGAGAUCAUGCAGGGCACGGGAGAGGAGCUCUUUGACCACAUUGUGCACUGCAUCUCUGACUUCCUGGAGUACAUGGGGAUGAAGGGCGUGUCGCUGCCGCUGGGCUUCACCUUCUCCUUCCCUUGCCAGCAGAACAACCUGGACGAGGGAAUCCUCCUGAAGUGGACAAAAGGCUUCAAGGCGACGGGCUGCGAGGGAGAGGACGUGGUGGGGCUGCUGAAGGAGGCCAUUCACAGGAGGGAGGAAUUCGACCUGGACGUGGUGGCAGUGGUCAAUGACACUGUGGGCACCAUGAUGACCUGUGGCUACGAGGAUCCCUACUGUGAAGUUGGGCUGAUUGUCGGCACGGGCAGCAACGCCUGCUACAUGGAGGAGAUGAGGAACGUGGAGCUGGUGGAAGGGGACGAGGGCAGGAUGUGUGUGAACAUGGAGUGGGGCGCCUUUGGGGACAGCGGCUGCCUGGAUGACAUCCGGACGGAGUUCGACGUGGCCGUGGAUGAGCAUUCCCUCAACCCUGGCAAGCAGAGGUAUGAGAAGAUGAUCAGUGGGAUGUACCUGGGGGAAAUAGUCCGCAACAUCCUGAUGGACUUCACCAAGAAAGGGCUGCUCUUCCGGGGACGUAUCUCGGAGAGGCUGAAGACCAGAGGGAUCUUUGAGACCAAGUUCCUGUCCCAGAUAGAGAGCGACUGCCUGGCCCUGCUGCAGGUGCGCUCCAUCCUGCAGCACCUGGGCCUGGAGUCCACGUGCGACGACAGCAUCAUCGUCAAGGAGGUGUGCACGGUGGUGGCGCGGCGCGCGGCCCAGCUCUGCGGCGCCGGCAUGGCCGCCGUGGUGGACAAGAUCCGCGAGAACCGCGGCCUGGACUUCCUCAAGGUCACCGUGGGCGUGGACGGGACGCUCUACAAGCUGCACCCGCACUUCUCCACGGUGCUGCAGGAGACAGUGAAGGAGCUGUCCCCCAAGUGUGAAGUGACCUUCCUGCAGUCGGAGGACGGCAGCGGCAAGGGCGCCGCGCUGAUCACGGCCGUGGCCUGCCGCAUCCGCGAGGCCGGCCAGCGGUAGAGGGAAGCAGGUUUGCCCCAGAGCUUGGUUUCAGCAGAACAGGACGCGUUUCCUCUCCCGGCCCCUCCCUCGUCCCCCUGCACACACUCGCACACCCCCUCCCCUCCAAGCAGACUCGUAGCUUUACUCGUUCUCGGGGCACCGCGGCGCGAUGGAGACGCCGUGGGCUCCGUACCAAGUGUUGUCGUAGGAGUUUCCUUGCAUGCCAUAAAACCUGCUGUCGAGUAAAGCUCACAGCGCCUUUUGGCUUCUCCCUGCAUUUCCAGGUGGAGCUGGAGCUGUCCCACCUCCGUCACACCCCAGCUCUCCUCCCACCACCGGCCCUCCCCUAGCAGCAGUAGGGAUAACACUCGGAUGAUUCAGACACUGCAUUGUCACUUUAACAGAACCUAUUUAUGUGUGUCGGAGCCGUAGCUGUCCGUGCUGUAGAAGCAAACCUCUAAGAUUGGGCUAAAGACCUCCACUAGUCUUUUACCCUGAUCAAGGCUGUAUUAUUUCCAUGAAAGUCAUGGUAACUCUUAAAGCACAGGGUGCAGAGUUCCACGGGCGUGGCUGUGGCUGCACUGGAGGUACCGCGUACCUCCCUUGGUGAGCGACCCCAGAAAGUUCUGGGGCCAGGCUGGAGGUCCCUCGGCCUUGGUGAGCGAUCCCAGAGAGGUUCUGGGGUCCCUCAGCCUUGGUGAGCGAUCCCAGAGAGGUUCUGGGGUCCCUCAGCCUUGGUGAGCAGUCCCAGAGAGGUUCUGGGGUCCCUCAGCCUUGGUGAGCGAUCCCAGAGAGGUUCUGGGGCUGCUCAGCCUUGGUGAGCAGUCCCAGAGAGGUUCUGGGGUCCCUCAGCCUUGGUGAGCGAUCCCAGAGAGGUUCUGGGGUCCCUCAGCCUUGGUGAGCGAUCCCAGAGAGGUUCUGGGGUCCCUCAGCCUUGGUGAGCGAUCCCAGAGAGGUUCUGGGGUCCCUCGGCCUUGGUGAGCGAUCCCAGAGAGGUUCUGGGCUCCUCAGCCUUGGUGAGCAGUCCCAGAGAGGUUCUGGGGUCCCUCGGCCUUGGUGAGCAGUCCCAGAGAGGUUCUGGGCUCCUCAGCCUUGGUGAGCAGUCCCAGAGAGGUUCUGGGGUCCCUCAGCCUUGGUGAGCAGUCCCAGAGAGGUUCUGGGGUCCCUCAGCCUUGCUGAGCAAUCCCAGAGAGGUUCUGGGGCCAGCAGGCCCCUCAGCCACCCCAGCAGAGCACGUGCCUGGAAAUAAUGGGGGACUCAGGGUCUGAUCCCGUUUGCUGCCCUCUCCCCAGCCCUGAGUAGUGCAGAACGUGGCGUGUGUAGGUCGUGUUCCCCCAGCCCCUCCCGUGCACGGUGGGCCCCAGGAGCCGCGGGUCAGGGUCUCCCCUGGCCGGCCCCGAGCCCGUGUCUGCCCUCGGCGUGGAGAGUCUGGUUUGCUUUGUGUCUGUGAAAUAGUUCUGCGGCCGCAGCCUUUAGGUGGCACCUGAUUUAUACACUGUAUAUUUAUGUUUUAAGAGAUCUGAUGUCUUUUUAUGUACAUAGUCUUGGGGGGGGUUGUAUCACUUAGUUUUAACGUCACCUUUUCAUGUUGUCGAAGAAGAGUACAGAGUAAUUAUUUUCUUUUUUUUUUUUUUUGAUCCUGUCAUGUAAUUUUAUUUUUUUUUUUAAUUUAAAAUUUUCUUGGGGUAGACUGGAGAAAGAGACCCAAAUACCUGAGGAACUGUUGUACAAGAAGAGGUUUGGGCAUUCUGACUUUACCAGCAGGACAAAAGGGAAAGCAGAAAGCCGGGGCGUGCAGGAUGCUGUGGGCUUCAGGCUGGCUUUAACCUUAGCAGAGGUUUUGUUUUGUGCCCUGGAAUUUUUAUGUCACGUCCCUGGGGAGGUGACACCCGCAGGGCCCUGCAGCAGCAGCAGCACCCGUGUGCCCUGGCCCAGGGCAGGGAUCCGUGAUUGCCAGCAGAAAACUCUGGGUGAGCUGAAAGCUGCAGGUUCUGCCUCGGCGAGAGGAGGCAGGCAGAGGGUGGGGGGUUUUCUGUAAAUAUUUAGCAGAAGUUAAUGAAAUUUCAGUGAUGUACAAAAAAAAAAAAUAUAUAACUAAUAAACCCCACAAACAGCCCUUCAGAUUGGAGGAUAGAGUUUUGUCUAUUUUUAUGUAUAUUUUUAUACUGCUUGGGGUAACCUCAUUACCAAAAGUCUCUCUUCUGUGUUGGGGGUCAAGUUCAGUAGCACAAUUUUAAAGGAAAAUUACUCUUUUGGGCAUUUUAAAUGCUUAUUUUUUUAUAAGCCUCAAGACAAUUAUAACAAAUAAAACCUGUGUAUAGAAAUGAUGUAAGAAACCAAGUUUAGUGGAAGUUUUAGAAGCUGUCAAAUAAAUCUUUGAAGGAUGAUACAGAUAUCCUCUAAUCUGGUACCAAGCAGUUUUGUGUGAUUUUUUUUUUUUCCUCAGAAAACCAGCAUUUUGCCUACUGAAAAAUCAAAACAGAAAUCAUUUUAGCUGCUGCACUGUGCAGAGUUGCAUUAGUGGCUGUUUUUACUCUUAGCCAGCUGUGCCCCUGCUGAGCUCCAUAGUGUUUUCAUCUGUUAGUGAGUGAAAUUGUGUAGUUUUGGGGGCAGAGUGGGAAGGAUGGGGAUCUGAGCAGGGGGAAAUUGGGGAGCAGGGUCACCACAACCCCCUCACCUGCUGCAGCUCUCAGGGGUGAGGACAUCACCCUUGUGGGGUGCUGGUGGUGGAUUUUUGGCUGGGCUUGGUCACAGGGACAUCCCCUGGCUCUCCAAGGCUCCCCUAAUGCUGGGAAGCUUUUGCUUGGGCUCAGAAUAAGCAGGGUCUGCAAUGUUCCCAGUUCAAAUCAUUACAGAACAGCUGUGGGUGCAGCCCACGCUCCCUGGGGCUGCAGGAGGGGUUUGGGGAGCCCCUGGAGGGGUUUGGGGAGCCCCUGGAGGGGUUUGGGAUCCCUGGAGGGGUUUAGGAUCCCUGCGAUCCCCAGCCCUGCAGGUGUUGGAUGUCCAGCCCAGAACCUCACGCCAAAAACGUCGCCAUGGGAUGUUCUGUGAAUGUGUUCAAAAUGAAGAAGGGAAGAUUAAAUCCUAGUUAUUGAUAUGAAGGGAAGAUCAAAUGAUUAUCUGUGGGGACAGACGGACAGACUGCUCAGCCUGGUUUGUCUUCCCUGCAGCAACAAGUGCUGCUUUGUGGGUUUAGGAUGGUUUUGUUGUGCUUGGCUGUUCCCAUCUGGGUGCAUUUUCUCUGCUUUCCUGGGGUGCUGGAAUGUUCUCUGGCCACGCAGGCAGCAGGGAGCAGAGUCUCUGCCCUGCCCUGCCUGGCAACUCUCCCCUCCUUGGUACUUUGGACAGGAUUUUAUUGGGCUUUUAACAUAAAUGUACAUCUCUAUAAACACAGUCAGCAAAUGGCUGAGAGCUGCAAGCACAAUUUGCAGCUGGCGCCCAGGGCUGGCAGGGAAAGCUCGGUGCUAUCAGUGGGGCACAGAUCCCUGGCCUGGCAGCAGCUCAGGUGCAGUUUGACCCGAGAUAACUCGCUGCCUCCUCUCCUCCCUUAUCAGGCAAUCCAAACCCAUCGGGCUGCCACAGAGAUAAGGGGGUGAAAGGUCCAAGUGCACAGAGGGGAGAGGUGCAGAACGGCGCCAAGUGCACCGUGCAGGGGCUGCGAGGAGCAAGGUGACAACAGAAUAACCUGGAACGUGGGGAGCCCUCACCCCAUUCCCCUCCAGACAAGGAAAGUGCCUGCUUUGGGCACAGCAGUCCCUGCUCUGGCACCAAAAUGGGCACUGAAGGCAAAAAGAGGCAAUUCUGGUUCUCAAAGUGAAUUGGAGAGAGGAAAUUCUUUGCCUUUGACAUCCCUGACCAGCCCAACAUCUUUCUGGCCUGAAGCAAAGAAAAUGCACCUGGAUGUGGGCAGGGGAGUCCUAAAGCCAAAGACUGUGUGGCUGCUGGCAGAAACGAGUGCUGUAGAUUCACCUGAUGUUGUUCUCUCUAUUGUGUUUACAAUAUUUAUUUUAGCAAUUGACUGCAACGAUAUUAUAUAUAGGCUUCCUUAUUUUUGUACUUUUCAUACCUGAGUGUGGUGUUGUACUGCUCAGCUCCCCUCGGCCACCACUGCUGCUCCUCAGAGACAAUAAACCAGAGAAAAACAACCACCAGCCA